CAACAUCAUCAUCAUCUCUCUCUCUCUCUCUCUCUCCUCUCUUUCUCUCUCUUCUGCGUAAAGGUUGAAUCUUUCCUCUUUCAAGCAAUAAGAGAGGCGAACGCCCUCCCAUUCCCAUCCCCUCCUUCGAUUCUCUCUCUCUUUCUCUUUCUCUCUCUCUCUCUCUCUGAGCUUGAUCUCUGCUUUUCGCCCUAAUUUCGGACGAACCCAUCUGAUCGCGCCACCUGAAUCCGUCGCGACGUCGCCGUGUCUUCUUCUUCUUCUUCUUCCGGGAAUCGCGUUCGAUUCGAUUUGAUGCGGUUCUCGAGGCCUUACAUGUGAGAGAGGGAGAGGAGAAUGCACACGCCGGAUUACCAGGGCUCCCACGCCGGCCGCUCCGUCCUCAGCCUCCGCCGCGACCAGGCCGCCCCCGCCAUGGACCCCCACCACCGCGACGCCGCCGCCGCCGCCCCGGAGCUCGAGCUCGAGGCCUUCCAGAGGCAGGUCGCCGAUCGCUUGGUCGACCUCUCCUCCGCCUCCGCCGACGAGCUGCUCUCCCUCGCCUGGGUCCGGAAGCUCCUCGACGCCUUCCUCUGCUGCCAGGAGGAGUUCGGGGCCAUCCUCUCUAACAACAAGGCUAAUGUCGCGAGAUCGCCGGCCGCGGAGCGCCUGCUGGCCGAGUUCCACGAGAGGAGCGUGAAGGCGCUCGACGUCUGCAAUGCCGUAAGGGACGGGAUUGAGCAGAUCAGGCAGUGGCAGAAGCUGCUGGAGAUCGUGAUGUGCGCUCUGGGGAAUCGGAGGAGCCUGGGGGAGGGCCAGUUCCGCCGCGCGAAGAAGGCCCUCAUCGAUCUGGCCAUCGCGAUGCUCGACGAGAAGGACUCCAGCACGACCAUAGGGCAUAGGAAUCGGUCCUUCGGCCGGAACAACGCUUCGAGGGAUCCCCGCUCGAUCGGCCAUUUCCGAUCCCUCUCUUGGAGUGUCUCCCGGUCCUGGUCUGCCGCGAAGCAGAUUCAGGCGAUUGGGAACAAUUUGAAUGCCCCCAGGGGGAACGAGAUCGCGGCCACGAACGGGCUCGCCGUUCCCAUUUUCACGAUGGGUAUGGUUCUGUUGUUUGUAAUGUGGGCUCUCGUGGCUGCGAUUCCGUGCCAGGAUCGCGGUCUGCAGGUCCAUUUCUCGGUCCCGAGGCAGUUCAUUUGGGCUGCGCCGAUACUUUCGCUCCACGAUAGGAUUAUGGAAGAGUGGAAGAAGCGGGAGAGAAAGAAUGCUUGUGGGCUGAUGAGGGAAAUUUAUCAGAUUGAGAAGUGCUCGAGGGUGAUGAGCGAAAUGGUGGAUUCUGUUAAUUUCCCGUUGACGGAAGAGAAAGAAGCCGAGGUGAGGCAAAGAGUGCAGGAGUUGGGGCAGGUGUUUGAGGUGGUGAAUGAGGGGUUGGAUCCUUUGGAACGCCAAGUGAGAGAGGUCUUUCACCGGAUUGUGAGGAGCCGAACUGAGGGAGGUUCCGGCAGCUCUACUUAAAGUUCUUCACAACUCGGUGCUUGUAAUUUGCUGCUGGGAAGGAUUUGCCUUAAUAGAUUCAUCAAGUUUAUGGAAGAGGAAGAAAUGCAGUGAGGAGAGUAUGAUCAGGAUCAUGUACAAAAUGGGGAAAAAAAAGGUAUAAGGAGGCUAUUUGUACUUAUCAAUGGAUAUAUUUGUGUCAGUAGAACGAUUUAGGAUCCAAAAAUUGGAGCCCUUAGGUUCCAUUUGCCGCUCUUCAGCUUCUGUUGGAUUAUUAAAUCAAAUUUUCUAAGUGUAUUGCAAUCCCACACCGUCUAGUUCUCCGUUCCAGUUUCGUAAUGUGCUGGGGUACGUUUUACAUUCUAUUUGGCUGUUGGAUGUUCAAUCUAUUUCUGGGUUGCAGGGCAGUGGCCGGUAAUGUUGAGUAUAACAGCUUGGUCUUAACUUUUCACAAUGA